AUGGUGGUUGGGCAGCUUAGCCAAGUGAAUGCCUCAGUCGCCACGGACUUUGGUGCUGUGCAGUUCAGCUGGUCAAGAAAGCCUUCGCUGACGGUCGAGGUCACAGUGCCGGUGGGUAUUUUGGCGUACCUCUUUGUGCCCGUAGCAGACGGCACAAUGAGGUCCUGUGAUGGGCAGCCAUUCGGCGAAGGGUUGCACUCCGUCGUUGCCGGUUCUGGGAAGUAUCGGCGAUUCACCGUUCCUUCUGGGGCGCAUACGAUGGCUGUGGAGCGCGAGGCGGUCUCGGGGGAGUUCAUCGUCUAG